CUCUUCCUUCAACCUCACUCUUUCUUCGAAAUCACCCACCAUCUUCAUCAUCCUUCAAUUCGUUGUCGGGAUACCUCUUCACAUUCGUUCAUCUACUUCCUCCUCUUCCGUCCGCCUUCCUUUCCCUCUUUCUCUUCAAUCUCAUUCCAUUUCUCCUCACUCUCACUCUUGACAAUCUUUCUUCAACAAUCUCCCCUCCUCUAAUACCAACUCAGCUUCGCCCAUACAGCGUUCCGAUGCUACUCAAGAGUCCAGCUCUGCUGGCAAUGGCCUUUUUGGCUGUUGCCGACGGCUUCCCUCGGAUUAGGCCCGGCGGUGCAGGCUUUCCUAAGGUCACCACUACCGUCACCGAGACUUUCACGUCGGUUUACGUCGUAACUUGUGCUCCGACUCUUGGUGGCUACUGGGACUUCAAGCUUCCAGGCGUCAAGCCCGCGAAGAGAGACGUCAAAGACGACGAUGAUCCCAUCUCUUGGCCUCGUACUCUUACGGUCACCAAGACGAAAUCCACGACGAUCACCGAGUCCCUCUCUCGGAGUUGCCCUAUCACGGAUGGACCUACCGAGACGCCGACUCCCACGUUGACUCCGUCCGACACCGUUGAGCCCUCCGAGACUGCUACUCCCUCCGAGACCGCGACCCCCUCCGAGACUGCUACUCCCUCCGAGACGGUUGAGCCUUCCGCGACUGCUACUCCCUCCGAGACUGCUACUCCCUCCGAGACUGCUACUCCCUCCGAGACCGCGACCCCUCCGAGACGGUUGAGCCUUCCGAGACUGCUACUCCCUCCGAGACUGCUACUCCCUCCGAGACGGUUGAGCCUUCCGAGACUGCUACUCCCUCCGAGACUGCUACUCCCUCCGAGACUGCUACUCCCUCCGAGACCGCGACCCCCUCCGAGACGGUUGAGCCUUCCGAGACUGCUACUCCCUCCGAGACUGCUACUCCCUCCGAGACUGUUGAGCCUUCCGCGACUGCUACUCCCUCCGAGACUGCGACCCCUUCCGAGACGGUUGAGCCUUCCGCGACUGUGACCCCCUCCGAGACGAUUGAGCCUUCCGAGACUGCUACUCCCUCCGAGACCGCGACCCCCUCCGAGACUGUUGAGCCUUCCGAGACUGCUACUCCCUCUGAGACUGUU